CCUCCAUUCCCAUCCUCAAAACGCAUAAUCCUACCGCUACGACCAAAAAUGGGAAUGCGUUCCAAUUCACUCCACACACAGUCUUCUCUCCUCUUCCUCUUCCUCCUCCUCCUCCUCCUCGUACCCCUCCUCUGCAAGUCCUCGCGUCCGCCAUUCGCCUGCGAUGCUGGCGACCCGAGGACCCGGAACCUGCCCUUCUGCCGGGCCUCGAAGCCGAUACACGUGAGGGUGAGGGAUUUAAUAGGGAGGCUCACUCUGCAGGAGAAGGUGAUGCUGCUGGUGAACAAUGCAGCUCCCGUGGCGAGGCUGGGAAUAAAGGGGUACGAGUGGUGGUCGGAGGCGCUUCACGGGGUGUCGAAUGUGGGGCCGGGGACCAAGUUCGGCGGCGAGUUUCCUGGGGCCACCAGCUUCCCGCAGGUCAUCACCACCGCCGCCUCUUUCAAUGCCUCUCUCUGGCAAGAAAUUGGAAGGGUGGUGUCAGAUGAGGCAAGGGCCAUGUACAAUGGAGGACUGGCUGGCCUAACCUAUUGGAGCCCAAAUGUGAACAUUUUCAGAGAUCCCAGGUGGGGGAGGGGUCAAGAAACUCCCGGCGAAGACCCCACUUUGGCUGGUAAAUAUGCUGCUAGUUAUGUCAGGGGACUCCAGGGUGCCGCCGCAGGUAACCGCUUGAAGGUGGCUGCUUGCUGCAAGCACUAUACUGCCUAUGAUCUUGAUAACUGGAACGGCGUUGAUCGCUUUCAUUUUAAUGCGAAGGUGAGUAAACAAGAUUUGGCAGAUACGUAUGACGUGCCAUUCAAAGCCUGUGUGGUGGAAGGAAAUGUUGCGAGUGUAAUGUGCUCCUACAAUCAAGUAAAUGGCAAGCCCACUUGUGCUGACCCUGACCUCCUUCGGGGCACCAUUCGAGGCCAAUGGCGUCUCAACGGUUAUAUUGUGUCGGAUUGCGACUCGGUUGGGGUUCUAUACGACACCCAGCACUACACUGCUACCCCCGAAGAUGCAGUUGCAGCCACCAUCCGAGCAGGUUUGGACUUGGACUGUGGACCAUUUUUGGCAAUCCACACUGAGGAGGCCAUUCGGACAGGGAAGUUGAGCGAGGCCGACGUGAAUGGGGCCUUGGCCAACACACUAACAGUGCAGAUGCGUUUGGGCAUGUUUGACGGCGAGCCGUCCAGCCAACCAUUUGGUAAUCUGGGCCCAAGAGAUGUGUGCACUCCAGCCCACCAAGAACUGGCCCUUCAGGCAGCCCGUCAGGGCAUCGUGCUGCUACAAAACCGGGGAGGGGCGCUGCCACUCUCCACCGCACGCCACCGCACAAUUGCCGUCAUCGGGCCCAAUUCUGAUGUUACCGUCACCAUGAUCGGAAACUACGCCGGUGUUGCAUGUGGUUACACCACGCCCUUGCAAGGAAUAGCAAGAUACGCUAAAGCAAUUCAUCAACGAGGCUGCAACGGAGUUGCUUGCAAAGACAACCAGCUUUUUGCGACGGCUGAGAUUGCCGCCCGCCAUGCCGACGCCACGGUUUUGGUGAUGGGCCUUGACCAAUCAAUAGAAGCCGAAUUCAGGGACAGGGCAGGGCUGCUCUUGCCCGGCCGCCAACAGGAGCUGGUGUCUCGUGCCGCCAUGGCGUCUAGAGGCCCGGUGAUUUUGGUCUUGAUGUCCGGUGGUCCUAUUGAUGUUUCUUUCGCCAAGAAUGAUCCAAGGAUUGGUGCAAUUUUGUGGGUGGGUUACCCCGGCCAAGCUGGGGGAACUGCCAUUGCGGAUGUCCUAUUUGGAACGACCAAUCCAGGAGGAAAGCUACCAAUGACAUGGUACCCACAAGGGUAUCUAGCCAAGGCACCAAUGACAAAGAUGGACUUAAGAGCUGACCCAGCCAAAGGUUACCCCGGCAGAACUUACAGAUUCUACAAAGGCCCAGUGGUCUUCCCAUUUGGGCAUGGCUUAAGCUACACCUCAUUUGCCCAUGAAAUAGCCCAUGCUCCAACAACGCUCUCGGUAUCGUUAGCAAGCCUCCAUACACUUAAAAAUUCAACUCUUUUGAGCAAUGCUAUUAGGGUCAAGCACACAAAUUGUGACAUGCUUUCGCUAGGUCUCCACAUUAAUGUGAAGAACACCGGGGAGAUGGAUGGGACACACACGUUACUUGUCUUCUCAAUCCCGCCGGCUGAAAAAUCGACUCCCAAUAAGCAACUGAUAGGAUUUGAAAAAGUCCAUGUGAUGGCUGGUGGCCAGAGAAGGAUUCAUAUCGACAUUGAUGUGUGUAAACACCUCAGUGUGGUUGAUCAAUUUGGGACUCGAAGGAUUCCAAUGGGUGAACAUAGUUUGCAUAUUGGUGAUCUUAAGCAUUCCAUUUCUCUCCAAGCAACAUUUGACAACAUAAAGCAUUAGGAAUAUAUAUAGGGUAGACUAACCAUUUACCCAAGUGUAAAAAAGCAUGGUCUCUACUUAAUAGUGACUACAAGCAUAAGCCAAAUGAAAGCAUAAAAUAAGAUAAUUUAGAAAAUGUGGGUAGAUAUAGAUAUACAAGGUGUUGGAUUUAAAUAUAGAAAGUAUUCUCUUGGAUUUGGUUGUUUGUGGGAGGUUGUGUGUUUGUGUAAUCCAAUUUGUGCUCUCAAAGGAGAGAGAGAGAAGUUUGUAAUACUCUAAUGAUUAUACUGAAUAAUAAUAAUACAUGAAAGAAACUAUUGAGUU